AUGAAGAUGAUGAUGAUGAAUCAGUCUCCAGCCCCGAGCUUCACCAUCCGCUCCAUCCUGGGCACCGCGGCGGAGAGCGCGAGGCAGGACGGAGGAAGCGGAGGUGCAGGUGCAGGUGGAGGUGCAGGUGGAUCGCGUGCAGCAGGAGCAGCAGCAGCAGCGGCGGCGGCGGUGUCGGUGUCGGUGGCGCAGAGGAGGCGCGCGCUCUCGGUGUCCUCGGACGGCUGCAGCGCUGAAGAGGAGGAGUGCAGCAGCACCGAGUGUUUCUGCAAACUCCAACACACACUCUCCUCCAAAACGCGCCCGAACGCUACAGUAAACAAACCCUCAUCAGAAGGGAAGGAGCGCACGCUGCACAACCGCACCAAGAAUAAUAAAGAUGACCGAAGAUCACCGAGUCCGUGCAGUGAGAAGCGAACUGGAGGCACUGUUGACAAAUCCAGCAGCGGAGACACAGCGAAGAAGAAGACACGCACGGUGUUCUCACGGAGCCAGGUGUUCCAGCUCGAGUCAGCGUUCGACGCUAAGCGGUACCUGAGCAGCGCUGAGCGAGCGUGUCUGGCCUCCAGUCUGCACCUGAGCGAGACGCAGGUCAAGACCUGGUUCCAGAACCGGAGGAACAAGUGGAAACGGCAGCUUGCCGCAGAGCUCGAGGCCGCACACGUGGCUCACGCGGCGCCCUCAGCGGCUCGGACUCUGAUCGGGAUGCCUCUGGCCGGAUUCGGCGUUCCCAUGCCGAGAUCUGCGGCUUUUCCGAUGUAUUAUCCCGGAAGUAACGUUCCGGCGUUUCCUCUGUACAGUCUUUACAGUAAUAUUGACUGCUGAGGCGGAGGUUUGAUGGAUGCUGUGGUGUGUGUGUCUGCAGACAGAGACCAGUGGGCGUGUCUUUGAGUGGGAUUAAUGGGCGUGUCUUUGAGUGGGAUAGAUGCUGGUGUUUGAAUGGGAGACAAAUGGGCAUGUUUGUGUGGGACAAAUGGGAGUGUCCUAGAGGGGGCGUGUCAUUGCGCCUAUGUAUGGACUCAUGGACAGACCCUUUAAAAAUCGUUCUCUCAGGUCAGCUCAGGUUAGCUAGUUGGCUAACAGAGUCACUGAAAAUAUAUGGAAAUGAAUACUUAUAGACCAAAAGAAACACCUACAUUCUCACCUAAGGUCUUAAAGUCCGCCCACUCAGAGCGGCCAUCAAUUCCAUAUAUGGGCUCAAAGACACGCCCACACCCCCACCUAUGGUCUCAAAGUCCUUCCCAUUUUUCCUACAUGGACUCAAUGUCACGCUUCUCUGGUCUAGGAUCUGCAGACAGACCUUAUAGGCCAUGGUUGCCAGGCAACAAUGUAUGUUCAUGAUGUGAAAAAAUCCCCCAAACACCUAGAAUAUAACUAGCAACCGUACUUAUAAAAAUCAUA